CAAUAGCAUUGGAUAUGGCAAAAGACAGUAAUGGGAAGGACAGAGAGCUCAAGAAGAGGAUUGAGAGUGACACUUACAUGAAAUGUGCUGUCCGUGAGUGCUAUGCUUCAUUCAAGAAUAUCAUAAAAUAUGUGGUUCAGGGAAACCGUGAAAAAGAGGUGAUAGAGAUCAUAUUUAAAGAGGUUGACAAACAUAUGGAUACUGGGGAUUUGAUUCAAGAAUACAAGAUGAGUGCUCUUCCUAGCCUCUAUGAUCACUUUGUCAAGCUGAUAAAAUAUCUG